AACAGGCAGCUUCUAACUUUGCCCCUUUCACUAUCUGAAGAGGAGUUGCUCAAAAUGAAGCAGGAGUUCCACUGCUGCUUUUCUCAGCUGGACAGCAGUUUGGCUCUGCCCAAGAUAAGAGCAAGAGCCUUACUUCAGACUUUUGAGCUGGAGUGGAGAGAUGCACAGCUACUGAAAGUCAGUCAGAAUCUAGCAAUGAUCAAUAAGCAGCCACAUUCUAAAACGAAAAAAACAGGAUCCAAGAAUAGAAAUAAGAUUGAUAUUUUGAAGAAAUCUUUACAGGACAGAAUUUUCAUUUAUGAAGACUCAGUGAAAGUUGAAAAUUUGACUAAGGUCAAUUAUGAGUUGCUACUUGAGAAAGACUGUCAGAUACACGAUCUGGAAAAUAAACUUGGAGAAUAUAUUGCUUCUUUAGAGUUUCAAAAGAGUGUUAAAAAAUGCAAAAUGCUGGAGCUCUAUGCAGCAAUCAUAAGUGUGCAAGCUUUGCUCUUGGAAAACCUGAGCAUGUCAAAAACCCUGUCAAAAUCGGAAUGUAUUCAGAUUUUAAAAGCUAAUAAUACGGUAAGUAAUGAAGUUGUGAAAAGGAAAGUUCCUGCUAGGAGACAGCAGCUGCCAUGGUGGCUUAUUGGACUUCAGUUUAGCUAUGCUGGUUUGCAUCUGUUGAUGGUCUGCUCUUGAAUUUGUGUUUAUUUG